CAUUGUAUCGCAAUGGAUCUCUUCAACAGUUGCUUUUUAAUUUUAGUGAAAAUGUUGUGGAACUUUUCCUCGUUCUUUACAGACCAGAAUAUCAUAGCAGAGCCUGGAGGGAGUACCGGUCUGUCAUGUCAAGCUCCAAAUAACAACUUCUUAUCUGUGAAGUGGAUCAGAGCUGAUCUGGGAGAGAAAUAUGUCUUUUUGUACCGGGAUGUGGAUGUUGAUACCAACAAUCAAUUGAGCUUGGAUGGAAACUUUGAUCCAACCAACCAGCAUCCAUCCUUUCAGAACCGGGUGGAUCUGCAAGACAGACAGAUGAAGGAUGGAGACGUGUCUUUGAUUCUGAACAAUGUGACGAUUAAUGACACUGGAACAUAUGAGUGUCUUGUCUUCAUGAAUGAAACAUGGAAGCCCAUCAACAACAUCACACUGAGUGUUGUUGAUCCUCCAGGUCACCUGAAGUAAAAGUACUCAUGGGGAUCUAUGAAUGAAUGAAGAUGAAUGAAACACUUUGGAUUUACAAUUGAAAAUCAGCUGAGAUGCCAAAGAUGAUCGUAUUUAUCUUCUGGACUAGUUAAUAAGAGUAGACCCACAUAAUCAGACUCCAGUGUCACCUUGUUAAAGAGCAAUGUGUAACACAACACUCAUCAUUUGAUUCUUCAUGAAACCCUUUUUAUCUCAUGAUUUUAUUUUAAUUUUUUUUAUGGGCUUUUUGUUUUGAAAGACUUAAAAACAUGACGGAAGAGACUCUUGAACUUGAUGAUCAAUGACUUUAUCUGGACAACAGAUUUCUGAAUAAAACAGGCUCUUCAGCUCUGAAUGCUUUUGAUUCUAACGUUUAUUCUGCCCUUUCACUAUUUAAUAAACCCAGAGAGUUGACUGACAGGGCCCAGACCCUGGACAGGUCACCAGUGUGAUGCAGGACCAACAGACCAUUAGCACCUACAGCCAAUUAAGAAUCACUGGUUAACCUAACAUGUCUGUCUUUGGACUUUGGGAAGAAACUUUGUUGCCAGAGACAGUCCACAGAGGCACAGGGAGAACACACUGAAUGGCUGGGUAAAUUCAAAGGCUGGCAGCAGUUUCACUUCAUUUAAAACAUCUUAAAUUAUAUUGAUAUUUUAUUAGUGACAAUAUUAGAAAAAAAAUGCACCAAGUACAUCAAAAUUACAGCAUUAACUCCUUGAAACAUUAUAUACAUAUUAUAUUCUAGAAAGUGCCCUUUUCUUGGAUGUUUUUCCACUUUUAAAUAGUUGAAUGUGAGUUCCCAUUCAGGUGCUCCAUGGAGACACAUCCAGGAACUAUUUUCCAAAUAACUGCAUGGUGUGUCCGUUUUUCAGUGGUUGAAUACUUUUAAUUAGUUUUCCCAGUAAUACACACCCUGUUCUCACAUUACAUAAAAUAAAGCAAUCAUGAACCCUGCACUAAAGAAAGA